AUGUUAAGUGCUAAAUCUAUUAAGCAAGUUGGUAAAGAUUUACCAAAAUUAAUUAGAAACAAUUCCUCAGCUGCUACUGGUGGUCCAGUUAUUGGUAUUGAUUUAGGUACCACCAACUCCGCCGUUGCUGUUAUGGAAGGUAAAAUCCCAAAAAUUAUUGAAAAUUCCGAAGGUGGAAGAACUACCCCAUCUAUUGUUGCUUUCACCAAAGAAGGUGAAAGAUUAGUUGGUAUUCCAGCCAAGAGACAAGCUGUUGUUAACCCAGAAAACACUUUAUUUGCCACUAAAAGAUUAAUUGGUAGAAGAUUUGAAGAUAAAGAAGUUCAAAGAGAUUUAAACCAAGUUCCUUACAAAAUUGUUAAACACGAAAAUGGUGAUGCUUGGAUUGAAGCUAGAGGUGAAAAAUACUCCCCACAACAAAUUGGUGGUUUCAUUUUAAACAAAAUGAAAGAAACUGCUGAAGCCAAUUUAGGUAAAAAUGUUAAAAACGCUGUUGUUACUUGUCCAGCUUAUUUCAAUGAUGCUCAAAGACAAGCUACCAAAGAUGCUGGUAAAAUCGUUGGUUUAAAUGUUUUAAGAGUUGUCAAUGAACCAACUGCUGCUGCUUUAGCUUAUGGUUUAGAAAAAAAUGAUGGUGAAGUUGUUGCCGUUUUCGAUUUAGGUGGUGGUACUUUUGAUGUUUCCAUCUUAGAUAUCGGUGCUGGUGUUUUCGAAGUUAAAUCAACCAAUGGUGAUACUCACUUAGGUGGUGAAGAUUUCGAUAUUGCUGUCGUUAGAAACAUUGUUGAAACUUUCAAAAAAGAAUCAGGUAUUGAUUUAGAAAAAGAUAGAAUGGCUAUUCAAAGAAUCAGAGAAGCUGCUGAAAAAGCUAAAAUCGAAUUAUCAUCAACUGUCUCAACUGAAAUUAACUUACCUUUCAUCACUGCUGAUGCUUCAGGUCCAAAACAUAUCAACCAAAAAAUUACUAGAGCUCAAUUCGAAUCAUUAGUUGAACCUUUAGUUAAAAGAACUGUUGAACCAUGUAAAAAAGCCUUAAAAGAUGCCGGAUUAUCAACCUCAGAUGUCUCUGAAGUUAUCUUAGUCGGUGGUAUGUCAAGAAUGCCAAAAGUUAUCGAAACUGUUAAAUCUAUUUUCGGUAAAGAACCUUCAAAAGCUGUUAACCCAGAUGAAGCUGUUGCUAUGGGUGCUGCCAUUCAAGGUGGUAUUUUAGCCGGUGAUGUUACUGAUGUUGUCUUAUUAGAUGUUACUCCAUUAUCUUUAGGUAUUGAAACUAUGGGUGGUGUCUUUGCUAGAUUAAUUAACAGAAAUACUACUAUCCCAGCUAAAAAAUCUCAAAUUUUCUCCACUGCUACUGCUGGUCAAACUUCUGUUGAAAUCAGAGUUUUCCAAGGUGAAAGAGAAUUAACUAGAGAUAACAAAUUAAUUGGUAACUUUACUUUGUCAGGUAUUCCACCAGCUCCAAAAGGUGUUCCACAAAUUGAAGUCACUUUCGAUAUUGAUACUGAUGGUAUCAUUAAAGUUAGUGCCAGAGAUAAAGCUUCCAACAAAGAUGCUUCUAUUACUGUUGCUGGAUCAUCAGGUUUAAGUGAUGCUGAAAUUGAACAAAUGGUUAAUGAUGCUGAAAAAUUCGCUGAAUCUGAUAAAGCUAGAAGAGAAGCUAUUGAAUCAGCUAACAGAGCCGAUCAAUUAUGUAAUGAUACUGAAUCUUCAUUAACUGAAUUUAAAGAUAAAUUAGAUACUGCUGAUGCUGAUAAAUUAAGAUCAUUAAUUACUUCAUUAAGAGAAAUUGCUGUUAAAGCUCAAGCUGGUGAAGAAGUUGAUGGUGCCGAAUUAAAAUCAAAAACCGAAGAAUUACAAAAUGAAUCAUUAAAGGUUUUCGAAAAAUUAUACAAACAAGAUGAAUCAAAACCAAAAGAAGAUGAAGAAAAGAAAGAUUAA